AUGUAUGGUGGUAAUCCUCAAAUGAUUCGAGAACUACAAUCUGAUAUGUGGAUUGAACGAAAUAUUCCCGGUGGAUUAAACAGUUAUUGGGGUGAAUAUUAUGAUAAUAUGAUGGGUGGAAAUCCAAAUCCAACAUAUGGUCAAAUAUAUGGAGGUUAUCCUGGAGUUGGAGGCUAUGGAGGUUAUGGAGGUUAUGGAGGUUAUGGAAAUUAUGGUGGUGGAUUUGGUUAUUCAUACGGAAUGCGGUAUUAG